CGCACCCCUUCGUGACACUACAAAAAACAUUCCAAACAUUAAAAGCCCCGAAUUGGGAAUACCUGUUCAGAUUCCAAAUCCAUGCCACACCUUCUCCAUCUCCUCUCCACGUAGAAAACCCCUAAUCCCCUCAUGUUUCGCAGACUCUAUUCCUCUCUCUCUUGCUCUAACACCACUCUCUCCUCUCCAAUCUUUCACCCGAAAAAAACCUUUCUUUCCAUUGACUCCAAACCUACCUCCCUCUCUCAACCUCAACGUUUCGCUUCAGCCCCACUAAGAUUCUUUGCUUCUUACUCCAAAAUGAGCGAUAUCCAGAAACCUAAACUCACUAUUCCACCUCCCGAUAAAGUCUCAAAGCCUGAAAUGCUACGUGCCCUUGAGUUCUCAUUGGGUUCUUCCUUCAGUACCAACCCAAUUUCCCCCCCUCCAAAUCCUUUGAUCAUUGUAAUUAGUGGUCCAAGUGGGGUUGGAAAAGAUGCUGUUAUCAAGAAAUUGAGACAAGUUAGAGAAAGUUUGCAUUUUGUUGUGACUGCCACUAGCAGGCCAAUGAGAGAAGGGGAGGUUGAUGGUAAAGAUUACUACUUUGUGUCAAAGGAAGAAUUUUUAUCAAUGGUUGAGAGAAAUGAGUUGCUAGAGUAUGCACUUGUGUAUGGAGAUUAUAAAGGUAUACCAAAAAAGCAAAUUAGGGAGUUUAUGGAAAAAGGGCAUGACAUAGUUUUGAGAGUUGAUGUCCAAGGAGCUGAGACUUUGAGGAAGAUUUUGGGGAAUUCUGCUGUCUUUAUAUAUUUAGUGGCGGAGAGUGAGUUGGAACUUGUGCAGAGGUUGAUUGAUAGGAAGACUGAGACUAGCGAGUCUUUGCUUGUGAGAAUUGCGACUGCGAGAGAGGAGGUCAAACAUGUUAGGGAUUUCGAUUAUGUGGUGGUGAACGGUGAAGGGAAGUUAGAUGGUGCAGUUAAGUUGGUGGAAUCUAUUAUUGAUGCUGAGAAGGCCAAGGUCCGGCAAAGGAGGGCUGUGAUUUAGUCGAGGGCUUAAAGUGUUGUUCUCGAGGUAUGGAAGAUAUAUUAUCCUUGUUGUAUCUGUAAUGAAUAUCCCUGAUAUUAUAAUUGAGUAUCCAGGUACCAAUGUCUCAAAAUCUGCAUGUCAGUUAAGUGUAGUAUCAAUGCUAAUGUAUAGCAUGGAGUAUUGUCAUCAUUUUUACUGUCUUAAGAUAAUAAAAGAAACUUCUUGCUAUUGAGAUAUUCUCUCCUCAAACAUUUGGAAUAGGAAAACACAAAUUCCUUGAUGCCAUUUAAUUCUGGAAUGCCAUCUUAUAUCUGUGAAGUUUUUUUCAUAUGCUCUAUUUUUGCAACUCAGUCAAUGUUACAUGCUAGAAGUUGAGUGGUUGGUUAUGCUGGUGGCAGCUUGAUCAGUUGGUCUGUGAAAUGUUUUUUAAAUGAAAUUUGUUCAACCUGUUUUUCUGAUAAAUUUUAGUGAAGUGGCCAUCUAGGCAUCUACUGAUUUUUUUGUUUGAGCAUCACCACUAACUGCAUAUAAUGAGAAGAAAUGCCAGGGAGAAACCAAAUUUUCUUUGACAAACUCCGUUUUUAAUCAGACAGUGUGUUAGUCCCUAAGUUUUUAUUGGAUGUUGUUAAGAGUGAGACAGAAAUGCAUAGCCAAGAUGUGUAGCCUACCUUUCAGAAAGUUA